UGCCUCCGCUGUCUCACUGCCUCCUUGUUUGCAAAGAUCUUCACUGCCUCUUAUAGACGCUCUUGUGCUGUCAAACGCAAGUGACAGCUAUCCGCUCGAAAGUAUGCGAGAGAUAAAGAAGCGCACAGCCUCCUAAGUCCUUCAGACGCAACAAAUGGCAGGCAAAUCUUCUUAUGCCAAAAUGGCUAGCUAGCGGUGUAACACACUAGCAAACACCAAGCUGAACUUUGGCCAGCGCUAACUAAGCAAGGCCUGCAGUUCGCGGCUAAGACUCGGUAAUUCGUGGUUAUCUAUGCUGUAGAAGAUCGUACUGCGAGCACUUUUGUGUAUGCCAAGGCGGGAGCCAGCAGCUAGAUGGUCGCCCUCAGGAUAGCCCUAGCACCGCCAAUCGAACCGCACUACGCCGAACAGCUCCUCACCACGGCGCUGGAGACGGCGCACGGGACCUCGCUAAGCGACGCGAUGACGAUCGCCGCCUGCGAGCGUUUCGAGGACGCGACCGUCGCGACCGUGGCCGUGCGCGACGACGCGCUCGUCGACGUGCGGGGCGCGCUCGUGCUCGCCGGCGGCCCGGCGAAGGCGAGCGUCGUCGUCGAGGCGACGGCACCAUCAAUCAGAGAUUUGCCGCCGCGCACACAAACUGAGAGGCACCGGCUGCGGCCGUUCGAGGGCUUCGGGGCCGGGCUCUGGUAA